AUGGUGUCUCAAGGAAGCGCCCAGCAUGGCCCUGCUGGCCAUUGGAGCGCCGCCAAUCCAAUUCCCACCAUCCACAAAUUCGUCGAGAACCUUGACAGGGACAAAAAAGAACGAGACAAACAGAUCGACGAGGAAGUCCAGCGCAGACAGCAAAAUGCCCAGGAUCAGGGCCAGUCUUUCGAUAAAGAAGCAGCCGAUAUUCAGAAGAAAGGAACCCGGAAGGUCACCGACCCGGUGACGGGUAAGGAAAUCGAGAUUGAGGACGUACAAAAACAUUAUUUGAAGGAAGCCAAAGAUCCAAAGCUCACUGUCCCAAACGCGAAUCUGAAUAAGCCAACGAAUGUAAAAACCGAUCCGAAUCAGGAGUACUCGGAAUACAGACACAACCAAGACAUCACUGCUCCCCCAGAGCCCGUGGCCCAAGGUACAACCUCGGAUGUCCCUAUCCACGGCGAAAAGACGAACAUUCUCUUCCMCCCUACACCGUCCGUUACUUUCCAGCCGAUGUUCGAUGACAUUGAGAAACGUGCCAAUGGUCUCGUUGCUGGCAUUUUCAUCGGUAUCAUCAUAGUCGGCCGUACAUUUGGUGGAUCCCUAUGGGGUCUUAUACCUCUUGCGGCCUGUGUAGCAUCAGGGGUAUUUCUUUGGGUGAAAGAGCUUAUUCGCAGUGGUCGGGAUGCUGAAUGGCGAAGCGAGCAGCUUCGAGGUGAAACGGCAACUGUAAACCUACUCCCUGAGUCGGUAGAAUGGAUGAACGCCUUUAUGAGCGUUACCUGGGGCUUGUUGAACCCCGACAUGUUUGCUAGUGUUGCGGACACCAUUGAGGAUAUUAUGCAGGCCUCGGUGCCAAGCGUCAUCGAGAACGUCCGUAUCGCCGAAAUUGACCAGGGAAACAAUCCUAUCCGAAUUCUCAGUAUUCGAUCUCUUCCAGAUGAACAUGUCGAAGACUUGAAGCACAACGUCCGUGAAGAAAACAAGAAAAACAAGGACCCUCAGGAGGCAGCUGCUGAUGACGAAGGGGGUGAUUACUACAACUUCGAGGUAUCUUUUGCGUAUCAUGCAAAACCAACCGAAGGAUCCGCUUCUGCCAGAGCACGCAACAUGCACAUGCAAAUUGUCUUCUAUCUUGGAAUCAAGGGUCUCUUUGGCGUCCCUUUACCAAUCUUUGCCGAAUUGAUUGAGCUUAUUGGCACCGUCCGUGUGCGACUCCAGAUGACACCCCAGCCUCCAUUUGCCAAGUCACUUACCUUCAGUUUGAUGGGCUUGCCGCAUGUACGCGCCGGUUGUGUUCCUCUUGUCAAGCGAGGAGUGAACAUUUUGAAUUUGCCAUUGAUUUCGAACUUUGUCAACUAUGCCAUCGGAGCCGCCGCCAGUCUAUAUGUGGCGCCCAAAUCGAUGUCCUUAGAUUUGAGUAUGAUGCUCAAGGGUGAUGAUAUCCAGAAAGACACUCAAGCAUUGGGAAUUUUCUGGAUCCGUAUUCACCGAGCAAUCGGACUCAGCAAGCAGGACCGCAGGGGUUCUGAAGGCGGUGGUAGUGACCCAUACAUCAACCUUUCGUUCUCCAAAUAUGGCAAGCCGAUGUACUGCACUCGUGUUAUUACCGACGAUUUGGAUCCUGUCUGGGAGGAAACAGCAGCACUCUUGGUCACUCCAGAACUGAUUAAAGCCGAUGAGCAGCUCAGCGUCGAGCUGUGGGAUUCGGAUCGUAAUUCUGCAGAUGACAUCGUAGGCAAAGUGGAGCUUUCUAUCCAGCAGUUGAUCCAGCAUCCUGGCAAAAUGUACCCUCAGGUUUCGAAACUACAAGGCUUAGAUGAAGGAAGCAGCAUGCCUGGUGAAUUACACUGGGAAGUCGGCUACUUUGGAAAGCCUCGGGUACGACCUGAACUGCGAACAGACGGAAAGAACCCGGAACUCCCAGCCACUCUCCGGGAUGAGCCCUCACUACAAGAUGACAAGGGUGUUAUCAACACUGAAGAAGAAGAAGCAAUCACUAGUACACCACCCGAUCCCCUGUGGCCUAGUGGUAUUUGCAGUAUUGUCGUGCAUCAGAUUGUCAACCUUCAGUUGGAGAACAUCUAUGGCAGCCAGGGUAAUCGCAAGGGCAGAGAGUAUGAACCGGCCAAGGCAUAUGGAGAAAACACCGAAGAGCAGGGCAAAGAGCUACCUACCAGCUAUUGUACAAUAUUGCUCAAUGACCAAUUGGUUUAUCGAACUCGUGCUAAAGCAGUUAGCAGCAAGCCUAUUUUCAAUGCCGGGACUGAAAGAUUCGUCCGUGACUGGCGCUCUGCUCUGGUCACUGUGACUGUUCGCGAUCAACGACACCGAGAGCAUGACCCAAUCCUCGGUGUUGUCUCCUUGAGAUUGUCUGACUUGAUGAAGACCUCUUCCCAAGUGACGCGCUGGUAUCCACUAGAUGGAGGAAUAGGUUUCGGUCGUAUCAGGAUUUCUUUGCUAUUCCGUAGCGUUGAGACUAAGCUUCCUCCAAACAUGCUUGGUUGGGACGUGGGCACUUUUGAGUUUUUGUCAAACCGUAUUGCAUUGAAGAAUUACGCGCAAACUGCUAAGAUCCGAAUGCGCACUGGUGGCAGCACCGGCAAAGUACCACGAUCUGCGUGCAAGAGCGAUGGAAACGGCGGACAGUAUUUUGAGUUUUCUGACGCCAUAACAGCACCACGCUUGCCAGUCAAGUACCGCUACCGCUCACCGGUUGUUUUUGAGUUUCAUGUCGCAAGCAAACGUGGUGCAGCAGCAUACGCGGUCCUGUGGCUGCAGCAUCUCGUCGACAACGAAGAGACACAGAUCGACAUUCCAAUCUGGACAACCAAGCGCCCAGGCCGCUUGAUCCAGAACUACGUCACAGAACAGAACUACAAAUCACUCAACUUACACUGCCUUGAGGAUUUGACAGAGGUCGGCCGCCUCCAAUUCACCGGCCGCUUCUCAGCUGGCAUGGACGAAUCCCACGAGAAAUUCGUCAUGGACAACAAUUCGCGCGAAACAUUCGAGACAUGGGAAGCCUGCCUAGCUGAAGGUAUCCGUAGCCGCGAGGUCAUUGCCAAGACGCCCGAAAACGUUCAACAACUCCAUGAAAAGUCUCUCGUGCAGGGUCGAGAUGUCCUAAGAGAUAUUGAUCCAAAGGAACGUCAACGCUGGAUGACCAAGGAAGGCGUUGACUGGAGUGGCGCAUUUGGCGAGGAUCCUAAGGAGUAUGUCGAUCAAGAAGCCAAUGAAUCAAGCGCCAACUUCUACAACGCGGGCGAGCACACUGUAAAAUCUCACGACCACGCUGAGGAUCCCGAUGAUGACGAUGACGAUGACGAUGACGACAGCAGCUCCGACGAAACCCAGUCAGUCCAUGCCCGUAGCAUCGGAACAGCAACCACAACCACAACCACCUCCUCAUCGAGUGCACAGUCCUCCAAAUCAGGCAACAAAGCCAACAAACGCACUGAACAGCGCCAACAGCGCGGCCUGAUGCAAUGGAAGCCCGCGCGCAACGCCUUGUUCGCGAAACACGAGGCGACGUUCGCGCUGAGGAAGGCGAAGAAGAAGUUCGGACUGGGCGAUUUGACGGGGAGGGAGCCUGAUGUUGAGACCGAGACUGGUUCAUAG